UUUCCUUUCAGACAAAUGGCUGUCAUCAGUGGGUUUAUUCUGGUCCAGUGCCAAAAGGUGCCGGGAUUAUAUAACAAGACUCCUCACUUAUCUUUUAGUUGUGUCGUUGAGCGUUUACAGAAAUACCACAAGGAGCUCGCUUUGAAAGAAUUUUUCGCGAUGAAGACGUUUGUGAUCGUAUCUGUUCUUCUGUGCUUUGUUGCAGUCUCCCUUGCGGCCCCACAGCUGUCCUGUGUUCGAUCAUUGAGGUGCAAUAAGCAAUACCAGGGUUGUUACAUAGUGGAGGGAAUGUGCCAUUGUGCGAAGGCGUUUUGCUGCAAUAAUCCGUUCAAGUACCCGUCGCUGGAUAGCUGUCUUGCAAACAAUACACAACAGUUAGAGGACCCGUGCGAAGACAAUCCGUGUAAAAACAAUGGAUAUUGUGUCCAAAUUAGUGGAUCAGCGCAACGAACUUUUCGUUGUGACUGUCACGGUACCACCUACUUCGGACGUCGCUGUCACGAGAAAUGUCCAAAGGAUGUGAGAAAAGAAAUCUCCAGGUAUUUGGAAAGCAAGGCAAAGUUUGCUCGUGAAAGAAUUAGAAAUCUUUUAGCGUGCGAUCUUUAAAACAGGCAGGACUGUGUUUUGCGGACCUCAACAAGAACUUUCAGAUUUUUUUAUGUAGCACAUUUCCUGUAACUCUUAACCAAGUAGGAAUUUCCUUGGAUUCUACCUUUAAACGAAUGCCUGAAGAUAAGCAACUUUGUUUCGUUUAGUUGGCAAUCUCUCCUAGCUGCUGACUUGCGUCGUUACUAUGUAACGCAUUUGCUGUCACGUAAAACAAACCGAGCGUUCCUGAAGUCACCCAGUUGAUCGAAAGGUGGAUAACGCUAUCCACCGGAUAAAUCACUAUCCAGGAGACAGCACAGUUUGUUCUGUUAACACUUAACCACUGGAUAGCGAUUUAUGCGGUGGAUACCGUUAUCCAGCUUUCGAGCAAUACUUUUUUAUUUUUUUUUAAUAAAGAAAUGAAUAGUUGUGAUGUGAAAUAAAAUCAUAUAUCAUGUGCUUCUCAAAGUUUGAAAAUCUAUUGUAGAGAGUGUAAGGUUUGCCUUUAGGCAGAAACAGACUUCAACUUCAAUACAUAAACGAGUCAGACAAAGUGAAAAAAGUACAUCUGUAUUCUGUAUUUCUUUGAACUUCACACAUGUUAAAUAAAUGUUAAAUGUACUAUGAAA